GUCGGCGGAGGUUGCGGAGAACCGGUAGCGAUCCUACAUUCGUUCAGCUGCAUGCCAGCUCAUUGCUCUUGUGCGACAAUUCAACGGAUUUACGAUCUCCUCCAUAUUUCAUAGCGAUGCUCACCUUUCGGAAGUCGCUAUUUGCGGCUAUCCUGUUGAUCACCUUCAUCGUCUACCUCCGAUCCUCGCACUCCGCCUCUUCUCUUCCGUCUCCGGAUUCCGUCUCCGCAGGACACACCUACGAUGACGAUCCAGCAAAGGGUGACCAAAAUGGUGGAAACAAGGACACCGUACAACAGGUACCGCUGAUACCCCCACCGACCGCCCCCUUGCGCGAUCGCUUGCGCUACCAUUUCCCUUACGACCUGGAAGCCAAGUUUCCUGCAUACAUCUGGCAAACUUGGAAGUAUGCGCCGUCGUCGAUGUUCUUUAGCGAAAGUCUCCGUGACCCAGAGUCGAGCUGGUCCGAGCUGCAUCCCGGAUUUGUUCACGAGGUUAUUCCGGAUGAUACACAGCGCCACCUGAUCAAAUAUCUGUUCGGUGCCGUCCCUGAUGUGUAUGAGGCUUAUGAUUCCAUGCCCUUGCCCGUCUUGAAGGCCGACUUCUUUCGCUACUUGAUUCUCCUAGCGCGUGGUGGAAUUUACAGCGAUAUCGAUACGACGGCCCUGAAGCCCGCGUCCGACUGGCUACCGUCGGAGCUUGACUUGGCUACUGUUGGGGCGGUGGUUGGCAUCGAGGCGGAUCCUGACCGUCCCGACUGGCAUGACUGGUAUGCGCGCCGCAUUCAGUUCUGUCAGUGGACCCUCCAAUCCAAACCGGGACACCCGAUCAUGCGCGAUAUCGUGGCAUACAUCACCGAGGAGACUCUGCGGAUGAAGAAGGCAGGGAUCCUCAAGGUUGGCAAGAUGGAUAAGACCGUCAUGGAGUACACUGGCCCGGGCGCUUGGACGGAUGCCGUUUUCCGGUACUUCAACAACCCAGACUACUUCAACAUUGAACCCGGCUCCACCUUGAAUGUGACCUAUGAAGAUUUCACGAACCAGCAAGGGUAUAAGAAGGUGGGAGAUGUGGUGGUUUUGCCCAUCACUAGCUUCAGUCCCGGCGUGCACCAAAUGGGCGCUGGGGAUAUCGAUGACCCCAUGGCGUUUGUCAAACAUCACUUUGGAGGCACCUGGAAGGACGACCCAUCUCUAUAAACUCCUACAAAUUACCUCUACACCGCAAUUCCGCAACGUUCAAUGACUUGAUGCGACAACUGAGUCUCACGCACAUUGAAUCACUACCACAUAUACACGACAAAGUGCUUCAUUCGGUGGUAUAUCAUGAGGCUCUUCCAGCUUGCCUCGGACGAAUAUACCCACAAUCAAGGACACUUUCCCAUGAC